AACUUUCACUUGUUGACAAUGCUUGAUGUCAAAAAACUGUUAUGCAAUUAAGAGCUAAUUUAUGCAAUGAUUCUAUAUUUUCCUUUUUAGUUCCCUUAGAAAAUGGGUUACACCUUAUGGCAAAAGAUGGUCUGAAUUAUUUGUUGUAAACACAAAACUCAUGUUGCCACUCCAUUGCAAACCUUCCUAAUAGGAGUUGAAUAACAGUAUGCCAAAUCGCAAUUUGUACUUGAGACAAAUGGUCCCAGUUUGGGACAAAUGGCCCCAGACAAAUCCACUAGGGUGCUUGGAGAAAUCAGGGGACAAUUUUAUUGUUAGAGAACUGUCAUAAAACUUUUUGUACAGUGUAUAAAAGAGAAUACAGGAAAACAUACAAGCCCACAUUCCCCACAAGAUUUCAGGGAUUUAGCAACAGAGACCUUGAUCCAGCUCCAGUUGCGAGGAACUAGUUGCGUGAUUGGCCCUGGGUGGGGACGUGCAUUAACUAUGUGUACAGAAGGCUGUUUAUUUUCAUGCAGUUUGUUUCUAAUACUCUGGUUAUGUUUACAUCUCAGUCUCCACACAUACAUACCCCACUGUUCCAAUGCCUGUAGCUCUGAGAGCUGAUUAAAUUUUGUAUAAAAGACAGCUGAAUUCUUAUGAGAUGAGGCAUUUAUGGAUCCAAGAAUGGUGGUGCUGUGCCAGAAUUGACAAUGCCUGCCUGUAUCUGGUCAUAAAUAUAUAGCAUCGUAUCUCUUAGUUCUUUAUUUGGAUGUUGUUCUGUGCCAUACUCUUUGCUGGUUUGCAAAGAAUUCAUAGCAAGUAUUUAAUUAUGUCCAUGUAAGCUGUAGCUCACAGCAAUUUCACACUUUGUGGCAGCUGGGUAGUGUUUUCCUCGGUACACAUAUAAAGUGUGAAGGUCAGGCACCUCUAAAAAUGAGACGUGACUCUUAGAUAGUACAACUCAUGGCAUUCUGGGAAUGUUAUCAGGCUUCUGUAAUUCUGGCUUGCACAUAAUUUGCAACUUGCAGGAAGAGACAUAUAUCAUCAUGAUUAGCAUUUUAGUUUUGAAGGCCAGGAUGGAUUCUAUAAUGUAAAUGGAAUGCACUUGAUUAUAAGGCUGAGCACUCUCAAGAUGGGACAGACAUGGACUUCUUGUUGCCUCUCCCAGCUUGUGUGCAUGGCCUGCUGAUCUCCCUCACCCUGUCACUGUGUGCUGACAUCAUGUGCUGUGAUUAGAAAGACUACUGGAGGGGAACAAACAUGGCCACACAUCCUUUAAACAGUUGCCAUGUUUCUUACUCUGUGGUAAUUGAAUGCAGAUGAUUCAUUUAACCAGGUUCAUGUAUUUGGAUCUAAUGGGAGUCAAUUUAAAAGAUACUCAGAUCUGUGGAAACCUGACAAAUGAUUUUGCCACCUUAACCUAGAUGGGUGUGUGUGUGUUUGCCUAUAUUGUGCUAUGUACAUUUUUAAAAAUAUAUCACUGGGAUGGUUCUAGGUUUUUCUGUGCUGUAACAGAAACCAGGACAGUUGGAGGAGGGAGGCUAUUUCAGGGAGCUGCAGCAUCCCUUCUGAGGUAAUCCUCAGACUGGGGGAGGGGGAGGCUUUUGUAGGUGCUUUGCUGGGAGGGCAUUUUUUAAAAGCUGCAAAGCUCAGUGAGGGAAGAGGAUUAGUGUGAGAGAGCGAGUGAGCUGCUGGCUGGUUUUACUAGGAUCAUCCAUCUGCUCUGUGCUUUGGGCAUAUUGAAGUGGGCAGUCUCACUUUGCUUUCCUCAUCUCCUCCUCAGCUGUGUGAUUAGGGCCCUGCGCAUCUGUAAUUAUCCAGCCAGACUGCAAAGCCGCUUGCCACACUUUACAGCACUCCAGGCCACCUCCACACUGUGGAGCAAUGGCGCUCCGGACUGUGCUAGAGACUGUCGAAAGUGGGGAGCAAGAUACUAUUCUCAAGGUGCUGCAGAUCUACAACCAGGAGAAAUCACAGUGUUUCACCUUUGAAGAUGAGGAACAGGAAGAAAGGAGGAAACUGGCUGCGCUUCUGAUCAAGUUUCUGGAGAGGGUGCUGCAGCCAUCCUGCCAGGUCACCUGUUUGGAAAGCAUACGGAUCCUGUCCCGAGACAAAAGCUGCCUUGGCCCUUUCACAACCAUGGAAGGCCUGAAGACGCUGGCCAGGCACGCGGGGAUUGAUUACGCAGAAGAGCAGAUUCUGGAGGUUCCAGACCUUGAAGUGAUCCUGGAGGCACUCAAGUGUCUCUGCAACAUUGUCUUCAGCAGUCCCCGGGCUCAGGAGCUGACCUCCGAAGCCCGGUUUGUGGUGGGCCUCACAGACCGCAUCAAACUCUACAACGAGAGAAACCUCCCGCACGAUAUAAAGUUCUUUGACUUGCGCCUUCUCUUCUUGCUGACGGCACUGAGGGUGGACAUCCGACAGCAGCUUGCGCAGGAACUCCGGGGUAUCGGUCUGAUGACAGAUACCUUGGAACUCACCCUGGGAGUCAAGUGGCUAGACCCUCACGAGGUAGCUGCUGAGGGGAACCCUUCUGCUCCUUUACCUCGGCAGGAGGUGGAGCGUGCCAUGGAGAUCCUGAAAGUGCUCUUCAAUAUCACAUUUGACACCAGCAAGAGGGAGGUAGAUGAGGAAGAUGCUGCUCUGUACCGACGCCUGGGUGCCCUCCUCCGUCACUGCCUGAUGAUUUCAGCAGAUGGUGAAGAUCGGACAGAAGAAUUUCACAGCCACACAGUCAACCUUCUGGGCAAUCUGCCUCUCAAGUGUCUGGAUGUCCUGCUGGCCCCCAAGGUGCAUCCGGGCUCGCUUGAAUAUAUGGGAGUCAAUAUGGAUGCUGUCAAUGUUCUGCUGGAUUUCCUUGACCGACGUCUUGACAGGGGUCACAAGCUUAAGGAGAGCCUGACCCCUGUGCUGAACUUGCUGACUGAGAGUGCUCGAGCCCAUCGGCAGACCAGGAAAUUCCUUAAAGCUAAGGUACUCCCUCCACUGCGGGAUGUGAAAAAUAGACCGGAGGUGGGGAACUUGUUGAGAAAUAAGCUUGUGCGCCUCAUGACUCACAUUGACACUGAUGUCAAGCACUGUGCUGCGGAAUUCCUCUUUGUUCUCUGCAAGGAGAGUGUGUCACGGUUUGUGAAGUACACGGGAUAUGGGAAUGCUGCGGGGCUCCUGGCAGCCCGAGGCCUCAUGACAGGAGGUCGGACAGAAGGAGAAUACUCUGAAGAUGAAGACACUGAUACAGAGGAAUACAAGGAGGCAAAACCCAACAUUAACCCUAUAACGGGACGUGUGGAGGAGAAGCUUCCCAACCCAAUGGAGGGGAUGACAGAUGAGCAGAAAGAGGUUGAAGCAAUGAAACUGGUGAACAUGUUUGACAAACUCUCAAGACAACGAGUCAUCCAACCAAUGGGGGUCAAUCCAGAUGGCAAUUUAACCUCUCUCAAUGUAACCUCCUUGGAGGAUGCUGUCCAUCAGAUAUCUGAGGAGAGGUUAUCAUCUGACUCUGACUUGGAAUUGGACUGAAAAAACACUUCCUGUUCCUCAAAAACCUAUGGACCCUCUAUUCUCUCUCUGUAACAGGUGCUGUAUCAGGAGACCAGUCCCAAGAAAAGACUUCCCAUGGGAUGGAUCUCCACCGCCCAGAGUGGUAUAACAUCUGUUUCUUCUCUAGCUCUAUAACACUCCUACCUUAGAGAGCUCUUUACAGCUUAGCUCUUUUGAUCUGUUUUCCCUCUGUGUCCACAAGAUUAUUACACUCCGAUUCCAGGGAUUUUUGAGCAGAAAUUUCAUGGAGGGAAGGGCAAUCUCUUAUUAUAUCAAGGAGGUUUAGUAGCACUUAAGGGUGCUGUGAGUGCACUGCAGUUACUUGUAUGGGACUAAAAUGUGAUACACACAGGUGAUAUAUAUGUGUGUGUGCGUGCGUGCAUUGAUACUUGUGCAAAGCACAUAAUGCAGCAACCAUACAGCGUGGUGGUGUUUAAAACACACAGAUACUCUUGGCAAAUGUAAAUGUCUAUUUGCAUACACGACUGGGGCAUAUUAUAGAAAUGUGUGAACAAUGAGAAGCCUGCAUUUUUUUACAUGUGAAAUGCAAGAAAGCAUACUCCUGGAGGCAUAUAAGUGCAAUGUGUGUGGCAACCGGUCACAUUUUUAGGCAGUUCCUUUAAGACACAUUACAUGUGUAUGGAAACAUGCAGGUAAGGAAACGUGCAUUGUUGAAAUAGUAUGUAUAUGUGUGGUAUGUGUCCAUUAUCUGAGAUAAUGUGCAAAACUCUGAGAUAUCCUUUGCUCACAGCGACAUUAAUGUUUGCGUUUGCUGAUAAUUAGGGGCCAGGAGGCCUCUAACCCCCACUGUAACCUUGACACCAUGUUCCUCUUUCUACCAUGUUUAGUUUCUGGACUACUCUCACUCUCUGUGCUCUUCAGACAAAAGGCCAAUUGCUUAACCGCACUCUAAAUCUGCUUCAGUUCCCCUAUAUCCAUAGCACUCUGCAUUCACCCUGUUAUGUACCUUCAUCCUGAUCAUAGGCUUUUCUGUUUAAAAAUAGCAGCCCCCAUCUCCUACUUUGUUUCCAACUUUGCCAACAGUUUCUGAACUUAGCACAAAUAUAAAGAUUUUCACUAGAAUAAAUGAAGCCUUCAGAUAACAA